CUGGGACGGGGCUUCAGGGACUGAGCGGGCGCUGCCGCUGUGUGAGCGUCUUCUGCGCCUUCGGUUUAAUUUAUUUUUGGAAAUCAAGUUCAAUAUUAAAAAGAAAGAGCACACAUUAUUGGAAGCCAUUUCUACUAAUUCGUUACAUUUUAACUUAUGAUUUGAUUUGAAUACUGUCAUGGGAGGAGCUGUGAGUGCUGGGGAAGAUAAUGAUGACUUAAUUGAUAACCUUAAAGAAGCUCAGUACAUCCGAACUGAAAGAGUAGAGCAAGCCUUCAGAGCCAUUGACCGCGGAGAUUACUAUCUGGAAGGCUACAGAGACAAUGCUUACAAAGACUUAGCCUGGAAGCACGGGAACAUACACUUGUCAGCACCUUGCAUUUAUUCUGAAGUUAUGGAAGCUUUGAAACUUCAACCAGGAUUAUCUUUUCUUAACCUGGGAAGUGGAACCGGAUAUUUAAGUACAAUGGUGGGCUUAAUUUUAGGUCCUUUUGGAAUAAAUCAUGGGAUUGAACUUCAUUCAGAUGUGGUGGAGUAUGCCAAGGAAAAACUGGAGAGCUUCAUCAAAAAUAGUGAUAGCUUUGAUAAAUUUGAAUUCUGUGAACCCGCAUUUGUGGUGGGUAAUUGCCUUCAGAUAGCUUCUGACAGUCAUCAGUAUGAUCGAAUUUACUGUGGAGCUGGAGUCCAGAAAGACCACGAAAACUACAUGAAGAUCUUACUCAAAGUUGGGGGCAUAUUGGUCAUGCCCAUAGAGGAUCAGUUGACACAGAUUAUGCGGACUGGACAAAACACUUGGGAAAGUAAAAAUAUCCUUGCGGUUUCCUUUGCACCACUAGUACAGCCUAGUAAGAAUGAUAAUGGCACACCGGACUCUGUGGGGCUCCACAGAAUUGUGGCUAUUUUUGAUACUUGGGGUUCUCAUAGCCCAGUGGAAAGUAAUAAAACCCUCUGUGGCCAAUGCUGCCCAUGCUGGUGUUCUUACACAGCAGGAGCUUUGUGUAUGGGCACACUUCUUUCUAUUAGGCUUUGCAGCAGCCAUGGAAGCAAUUUACUCAAGACAGCUUCACAUUCUUCUUUAUCUGACACUUCCUUUAGCCCCGUGUGCUGUCAGGAAUCUCCAAGACUUGGCUCGUAUUUACAUUCGACGUACACUUAGAAACUUCAUAAAUGAUGAAAUGCAGGCC